AGGAGCGGGCUGUGCCCGCCCCACGCUUACAACCUGCGCGACUACAGCGUCAAGCGCGGGCGCCUCGCCGCCGACCGGGGCGCGGCAGCGGCGAAGAUCGUCCUUGCGCCGAGCCACGCCGACCUGCUUGGCGGCAACGGCCGGUGGAGGCAGAGGAGGGCGCAGGAGCAGUGGGUCCUCGACCAGGCCGAGGAGGAGAGGCGCCGGCGCGAGCGCGAGGCGCUGGAGGGCGAGAGGCGGAGGCGAGGCGAGGAGCGCGAGGCCGCGCGCCAGAGGCAGCAGCAGGAGGACGCGCAGCGCCUGCGGGCGCUCGAGGAGGAGAGGCGGGGGCAGCGCCUCGCGGCGGAGGAGAGGGAGGCGCGGGAGCGGGAGGAGAGGCGCCGGAAGGCGGAGCAGGAGCACAGCGACUGGCUGGCCAGGCAGCCGAAGCCGUGCGGGGACUGCCUGGGCUCCGGCAGGUGCACCCACUGCGGCGGCAGGGGCUUCUUCUUCGCGCUGUUCCUGGCGCCCUCCGUGGGCUCGGAUGCCGCGGUGGACUUCGGCCGCGCUCCGCAGGGGUGCCCGGAGUGCGGCGGCUGCGCCCAGAACGUGCUCGCCAGGCUUGUGCAGGGCUCGGGCAGGUGCCACGGCUGCGACGGCGUGGGCACGGUGACCCCGAAGGAGGUGCAGGUGCCGCAGUCGCCGAAGGGACGGCCUGCGCUGCACAGGGGCAUGAGCAACGCGAGGCGGCUUUCGGGCGGGUGCACGGCCUUUGCUCAAUCGCACAGCCUGCUGGGAGACGUCAGCUCUCCCACAGCCAGGCUGCGGCCACCUGCCGAGCCAUCAGCCAGCUGAACGGCGUGCGCGACAGAAGCAGCCGCAGGUCCAGCGUGGUCAGCCCCUGAGCGCUCGUUCUGCGCCAGUCGCGGGGUCUCGUUCGUGGCCCGUGCGGCUCCUCCCUGCUGCUCCUCACCUUCUCCGCGCCCUCUGCCCCCUUGCUGGUGGGCCCCUCGUGAGACGCUGCCGUCCAGCUUCCGCGCAGGAGACUGCCAGAGGCUACCGAGGACCGCCAGAGGCUGAGGGUCGCCGAGGACCUGUGGUCGAGCGAGCCCUGCCUCGCCGCAGGAUGUCUGUGCGCCGGGCAGCCCCGACCCAGCCGCGGGCUCGCCUUCCGCACCCGAGCCUGGCCAACCCUGAGCCCGCGCCUGAGCCUGCAACUGCGGCGCCAAGGGCUCGCCUCCGCCAGGUGAGAUGGAGAGUCGGCGCCCGCUCCCGGAUCUGGCGCGGCGGGGCCGGCGCGCCUGUGCGGCCGUCCUCACGCCGAGCUCUUCAGAACGCUUGGCUCAUCGCCUCCGCCUCUCUGCUUUCUCAGCGGGCUGCGCCGCCUUCUAUCGAAACAAUCGGCU